UUAUAAUUUGGCCACGUUUUAAAACAUUGUAGUUAAUAAAUAUAAAAUAAAUAUAUUACGUAAAAAAUUUUUUUUUUGGUAUUUGUGUCGACUUAUUGCAAAUAUGGCGAUCUUUGAAGAAUCAUAUCCUUUUUCACGGUAUAAAUAAGCCGUAUACGUACAAAUCGUAUCUGCUUAAAUUCGUUGCAAAAUAGGAUAGCAUUUGAUUAUGAUAGACCAACUAAAAAUAUACUGAUAAAAUUUUUGUCGAGGACAAAGUGCAGUGUAGAUCUCUAACCUCAAAACAUCUCGCGUUUUCUUUGUAAACACAGGAUUUAAAUGAAAAAUUACAAUAAAUCGCGUCGUAGUUUCGAUGUUUAAACAGGGCAGAAUACUUGAAAAUAUUUAUUUAGGUUUAAGCAAUGGAUGUACCUUAAUAUCAAGGACUUACUGUACUGAUACUUUAAAUAGAGUUGUGCCUUUAAAACAUGUACUGGUGGUUUCAAAACUAUCCAGAUAUGAAUUUGAGCAAAGACGUAACCAAAACCUAAACAGUAAACAACUGGAAAUGUUCCUUAAGAAACGAGGGACUGAUUAUGAUAAAUUAGUUAAAUUCCAUGAUUUACAUAAAAAAUUUGAAGAGAAUGUUAUCAAUACUUUAGAAAAGUUAGGUGUUAAGGUAACUGUCGGAAACAGGUUUACUGUUACUGAUGAAAUGGUAAACAAUGCAGAUGUGAUAAUGCCUGUUGGAGGAGAUGGAACUUUCUUACUUGCUGCCAGUCGAGUAAAGGACAAUAAGAAGCCUGUUAUUGGUUUCAAUUCCGAUCCUAACAGAUCAGAGGGCCAUUUAUGUUUACCUAAAAAGUACUCUGCUAAUGUCCAGGAAGCUAUAGAAAAGUUACAAAAAGGAGAAUUUAAUUGGUUGAUGAGAAAUAGGAUAAGGACAUCCAUUCUUAGUGAUGAUCAAAUAUUAACACCAAAAUAUUUGCAUGAUGUUGAAAAUGAAGUCAUAUUAGUGAAAUCAACUGGGCAGACCUUUAAAAGGGGUUCAAUGAAAGUAGUCCCUGUUUUAGCUUUAAAUGAAGUGUUUAUUGGCGAGUCAUUGUCUGCUCGCGUAUCUCAUUUACAAAUGAAACUGAACGGAUCUUCGGACACGACAAAUCUGAAAUGUUCAGGAUUGUGCAUUUGUACCGGAACCGGCUCCACAUCGUGGCAUUUGAGCAUCAAUAGACUGCCAAAACAAACUGUUGAGGAACUGCUAAAAUUCAUGAACUGUCAAGAAGAAAAUCUAGCUACCACUCUCUCCGAAACAUACAACAAAAACCUAAUCUUUAACCCUGAUGACAAACGACUGGGUUACACGAUCAGAGACCUGAUAUCGGCGGGAGUGUGGCCGCAACCCAAAGGCAUUAAGUCGAGGGGCUUUGCGACGAAGUUGGAGGUGCGAUCGAAUUGCUACGACGCUUCUUUGGUGGUCGACGGUGGUGUUUCGUUCUCCUUCAACGAUGGCACCGUCGCAAUUCUCGAAAUUUGUCCUGAGGAUUCUUUGAGGACUGUUAUUCUCACUGGAUGAUGCUGCUUAGGAAAUAAGACUGCUACUCUUUUUUUUAGUUUGAGGUGUAUUUAAUAUUAAGUUGAAACAUGAAAGAAUUACAAGAAAUGAUAUUUUAUAUACAUAUUUGAAAUAUAGUACGUUUAUUUAAAUUUU